GGCGGGUGUAGACUCUGGCGGCCGCAGAGGCCCACCCACAGACGCGGGGGGAGCAGCGGCUCCCGGCCCCGCCGGGCGGCGGCCCGAGCCCCGGAAGCGCAUCCUCAGCUCCUCGCCUUCUUGUCGGCGGACCCCAGCUCUCCGCUCCUCCGCGUUCCGGGCCCGCCGGCCCGCCCGCCGGCCCGCCGAAGGUGCGGCCUGGAGACUCGGCCGAAAGAGCCGAAAGUUAAGAAAUGGACCAACUGCGGACGCCGCACAAGACCGCGACUUGAGGCAAGUCACCGGCGCGCCGUUUACAGCAGGACUGGGUCUGGCCGCUGGCUUUGACCUCUGUGGGGCACGGGGUCGGCUCCCGCGUUCCCUGGAUCCUUCCAGCGCUUUUCCGGGAAGAAGACUUGUUGUUCCAGCUAACCUCACAGCCUCAGCUGCACCCUCAGGAUGUCCUCGUAGAUGUACCGUCGUCACCGUUGCUAGUUUCCAUCACCAUUUCCAAAGGAUUCCCAACAGGAGCCAAAGGUCCCGGUUCACUCAGGGGUCAAGAUGGAAGAUUAGCUUCAAGACCUUUCUGGGAGCAGUGUCAGGAAGACAGAAGAACACCCUGGACUGGCAAAGCCACCUGCUGAGCACUGCUGUCACCAUGCCCAAGAGAAAGGCCAAAGGAGAUGCUAAAGGUGACAAAGUGAAGGUGAAGGGGGAGCCACAGAGGAGAUCAGCACGAUUGUCUGCUAAACCUGCCCCUCCAAAACCAGAGCCCAGGCCUAGAAAGGCCCCUGCAAAGAAGGGGGAGAAGCUGCCCAAAGGAAGAAAAGGGAAAGCAGAUGGUGGCAAGGAUGGGAACAACCCUGCAGCCCAGCCACAGAAAGCAGAAGGUGCCAGGGAUGCCAAGUGAAGUGGACCUUUGGAACAGCUCUGUACUUCUAGUGACUACUGUUUGAAAUACUAUUUUUUAAUCAAAUUUUAUGAAAAUGUAGGAUUUUUUCAACUUGUGUUUUAAGCACACAGGGCACUUUGUUGUUGUCUUUUGUGGAAAGGGCAAAUGCCAGCAAUAGAAUGUCUCGGAAGCUGGAGUGACAUGUGGACACAGGAUUUCCUGACCUUGGUUUUGAAGAUUACUCUUGGUUUCAUCCACAUGUCAGCCACUUUGGUUCAGAAGCCUUACAGUGUGGGGAAGCAAAACUCACGUCUUCUGCUUUCCUGCUUCCAUCAGCAUAUCCCUGAAUUCCUGAAACCAAGAGCCAUGAUGUGUUGGCACCUAUAAAAUCAGCUCUGUUGGGGAACAAUACUCAGGCUUUCUGGUGAUGACAUCGAGAUGAUGUUGCUCAAAAGAGCCAACAUUUCUGUUUGUGAUUUGUGGAUCAUCCCAGUGGGAAUCUUGCAGUUUUUAGUUUGUUUCCUCUACGUCAGUGAAAAGCUCUUACACGCCUCAUGUAAAAUGUCUACCACUUCUGAAAAAUUUUCCUGUUCAACACAGCAACAGAAGACUGUUGACUUUUUGAGGAGGGGAGUUCAGAAGUUGUAAAAUUUUAUGGAUUGUUUCCCAUAUCCUGCUGAAAGUAACUGUUCUUGAAAAGUAUCUUAUAAAGCUGGAUACAAAUUGGUAGUGGGGGAUCAUGUCCUACCCAAACUCCUAAAGCAAUUUUUUAUUGCCUUGUAAAAGUUGUGUAGUUUUGCUUUCACAUUUAUCUUUAGUCUUCCCUGAACUGCUUUUUGUGAAAAGUAUGAGAUAGAAGUUCAAUAUAAUAUAUAUAUAUAUAUAUAUAUAUAUAUAUAUAUAUAUAUUGUUUUCCAUAUAGAUACGUGGUUAUCCCAGCACUAUUUUCUGAAAAGUUCAUCCUUCCCUCAUUGGUCAAGUCUCUCUGUCUCUCUGUCUCUGUCUCUGUCUUUCUCUCUCUCUGUUGAUGGUUUCUAUUCUGACUCACUGGUCAAUUUGUCUAACCUUGUGGCAGUGCUAUACAAUCCUGAGUACUGCGACUUUAGAAAUUAGUCUUGAUAUCUCAGGACAAAUCCAACUACCACCUCCAACACUUCCACCAAAUUUUUCUUUCUCGGGAGUGUCUUGGCUGUUCCUAGCCAUUUGCUCUUCCAUGUAACUUCUAGAAUUAGACUGACAAGUUCUAAGUCAAACAAAACAAAAAGUAUUGGAAUUUUUAUUGGAUUUAUAUUGCAUUUAUAAAUUACAAUGUUGAGUCUAUCUGUGGACAUGGUAUAAUUCCAUUUAUUUAGGAUUUUUAAAUGUCUUUCAAUAAACUUUUAUAAUUUUCUCCAUCACUGUCUUUUAUU